UCGGAAAUUUUUUUGGGGGGGUCGCUGUGUUACUUACGGAUUGCGUCACAUCAGAUAGGAGAUCUGCUAGAAAACUCCGAUUGGCAAAAAAUUCACGUGAUUUUGGCAGGGGUGCCCCGGCUGAAAUCUGCCAAGAAUCCAUGAUCACGUCUUUCGUGAUACAGAUAAUAAGUUUUUAA